UCCUAUCCUAUCCUAUCCCUGAGUUAGACCGUAAAUAUAUACUACUACGGCUUGACCAGCGGUAUUAUAAAUUGUAAAAUAAAAAUUUAGACUUAGGAAUCCGUUUUACCGUGUCGGAUUGUAUUUAUAUAAAUUCUACAAAGUCAUCGUGAUAGCUAAAGCAAGCCUGAGGUUGCCGGUACCGUACCGUACUUUCUUCACAACAAAGUGAAUAUAAUCACUUCGCAAUCAAUCGAUCACAAGGCUCGUGAUUCUUUGGUAUUGAUCUGAUGCGUAGUGUGCAAGACAGGCAGAGAUGACUAGUGAGAGUUCAGACUCGUCUGUGGUGAAGUAUUUAGUAGGUGCUGCAUCUCUGUUUGGUGGUGGACUCGCACUUGUUGCAGCAUACAAAUUAUUAAAGAUGAAGAUUGAGAAAACGAAUUCAACGGAGCCAAAAACUGGGAAUGUUUAUGAAUCUGAAAAGCUUCUAAACGAAUAUUUAAUGUUUCAUUAUGGGGGUCCAGAAGUCAAUUGUCUUCAUGAUAUUGGUCCAAGAAAUGGGUUUGAUUUCCCAGUAAGGUGUGCAGAGCUUUGUGUGAAGCAUUAUGACUCAAUGGUUUGUUCUGUUGAGAGAUCUCUUGAUAUAGGAUGUGCAGUUGGUCGUUCAACAUUUGAGCUUGCGAAGUAUUUCAGGGAAUCAAUCGGAAUGGAUUUUAGUUACGGCUUCGCAAAAACAUGUGAAGUAUUAGCGAAAAAUGGUCGUCUCGAGUAUGAAGCUCCUACUGAAGGAGCCCUGACUACUAAGCAUGUUGCAUUGGUUCCAUCUGAUGUGGAUACAUCAAGGUGUUCUUUCAAACAAGGUGAUGCUUGCAAUCUACCUCUGGACAUUGGACAAUUCGGUUGCGUACUUGCAGCAAAUUUAAUAUGUCGAUUACCUGAUCCAAAAAUAUUUUUAUUGCGUCUUAAAAAUUUAGUUGCUCAAGGUGGAAUUUGUGUUAUUUUAAGUCCUUACACUUUUCUCCAUGAAUAUACUCCAAAGAGCAAAUGGCUUGGAGGAUAUAAAGACUCCUCUGGUAAGGACGUGAGAGCAUUCGACACUAUGAAAUCAAUUUUACUACCUGAUUUUGAACUAGUUGUUGCAGAAGAUAUGCCUUUUCUUAUAAGGGAGACAGCAAGAAAACAUCAGUGGACUGUUUCUCAUGCCACGGUAUGGAGGCGCAGAGCAGUUUGAAAUAUCAAUAAAAAAAUUAUAAAAAUGCAACAAUUUUCAUUGAAUUUGCACCAUUUGAAAUAUUACCAUAUAGUUAGUGAGUGUUUGCUUACUUACAAAAUUACUUGAUACAUAGUCAUACAGAAUAUACCUAAUCAAAUAGAUUCUCCUGCAUAAUUAAGUUGAUAACAUGGAUGGGAAGAUUUUUCAGAUUAAAAGUCAAUCAUUGACUGAAUCAUUUGUUAAUUUUUUGCACUGCUGUAGUAAAUAUAUUGCAAAGUUUUCAAUGUAGUUUGUGUGUAACCUAUUUAAACAGGAAAUGAGAGUAGGAAAUGUGCUCUGUUUUAUUUGAUACAUUAAGUAGUUUUUCGUCUUAGGAAGUACUAUAAUUUAUGAGCCUGUUGGCAUAUAUCCUUCCUGUUUGAAUCAAUUUUGUGGCCAAAUUUUUUCAUGUGCACUUUUUGAUAUCAUGUUAUUGCUACUACCUGUCUUUUGUCAUAUUUUUUGUUUUAAAAUUUUUGAUUCUUAAAAUGGUAAAUAUGUAACCAUUCGGUGCUUUGAUGGUGAAGUCCGAAAAAAAUACCUGUUUUUUCUGAAUAUAUGUCUCAGUAAAUUUGGACAUCUGUGCCACCAUCAUCCCAUGAGAGAGCAAAUUUAUCUAUAUUUCUAAGUGACUAUGCUAAGUUAUUAUGUUGCUUCUAGAGGCAUUGUCUCUGUGAUACAGGGAAUGGGGUAAUUCUCUUUAACUGUGCCAAUAAUGUAUCUUUUUACCAAGUAAUUGCAUUGUUUGUGUGUAUUUGUAUUGUAGAUUUUCUAUUUAUGUGGUUCAUAUUUUGUACAGUCUCAGAAUACAUCUGUUCAACCAAGUCUUCA